AUGCAUAAUGCAUGCACUCUCAAGACUGAACGACAGCUUCUUCAAGACCUGCAACAAGGCCUCGUUAAACGAGCCUCCAUCAAGACAGCCAGAAGGUCCAGGACACCACGAGAAGGUCCAGGAAACCACGAGAAGAUCCAGGAGGCUACGAGAAGGUCCAGGAGGCUACGAGAAGGUCCAGGAGGCUACGAGAAGGUCCAGGAGACUACGAGAAGGUCCAGGAGACCCCGAGAAGGUCCAGGAGGCUACGAGAAGGUCCAGGAGACAACGAGAAGGUCCAGGACACCACGAGAAGGUCCAGGAAACCACGAGAAGAUCCAGGAGGCUACGAGAAGGUCCAGGAGGCUACGAGAAGGUCCAGGAGGCUACGGGAAGGUCCAGGAGACCUCGAGAAGGUCCAGGAGGCUACGAGAAGGUCCAGGAGACAACGAGAAGGUCCAGGAGACCCCGAGAAGGUCCAGGAGACCACGAGAAGGUCCAGGAGACUACGAGAAGGCCCAGGAGGCUACGAGAAGGUUCAGGAGACUACGAGAAGGUCCAGGAGACCACGAGAAGGUCCAGGAGACCACGAGAAGGUCCAGGAGGCUACGAGAAGGUCCAGGAGGCUACGAGAAGGUCCAGGAGACCACGAGAAGGUCCAGGAGGCUACGAGAAGGUCCAGGAGACUACGAGAAGGUCCAGGAGACCACGAGAAGGUCCAGGAGACCACGAGAAGGUCCAGGAAACCACGAGAAGGUCCAGGAGACCACGAGAAGGUCCAGGAGACAACGAGAAGGUCCAGGAGACUACGAGAAGGUCCAGGAGGCUACGAGAAGGUUCAGGAGACCACGAGAAGGUCCAGGAGACUACGAGAAGGUCCAGGAGGCUACGAGAAGGUCCAGGAGGCUACGAGAAGGUCCAGGAGACUACGAGAAGGUCCAGGAGACUACGAGAAGGUCCAGGAGACUACGAGAAGGUCCAGGAGACUACGAGAAGGUCCAGGAGACUACGAGAAGGUCCAGGAGACCACGAGAAGGUCCAGGAGACCACGAGAAGGUCCAGGAGGCUACGAGAAGGUCCAGGAGGCUACGAGAAGGUCCAGGAGACUACGAGAAGGUCCAGGAGACUACGAGAAGGUCCAGGAGACCACGAGAAGGUCCAGGAGACCACGAGAAGGUCCAGGAGGCUACGAGAAGGUCCAGGAGGCUACGAGAAGGUCCAGGAGGCUACGAGAAGGUCCAGGAGACUACGAGAAGGUCCAGGAGACUACGAGAAGGUCCAGGAGACCACGAGAAGGUCCAGGAGACCACGAGAAGGUCCAGGAGACUACGAGAAGGUUCAGAAGGCAACAAGAAGUUCCUGGAAGCAACACACCAGACAUCAGAAAAAUUCAGGAAAUUACCAGAGGAGGUCAAGAGUCAACGGGAAGGUCCAAGAAGUGACGUUUAA